CAUAACAGCGCAACAGGUGACUUGCAGUGAUUUAUUUAUUUGCUAUUAUUAUUAUUUUAAAAAGAUAAUGCUGCGUUCCAAGCUACUGAGUCUGCUGCCACGUGCCGCCGAUGCCACAAGAUGCAUGUCCAGUGCCGCCACGAAGCUAACAACAGUGGAGGUGGAUAGUAAGAGCGGCAUAGCUACGCUUACAAUGAACCGGCCGCCUGUAAAUGGCCUGAACUUGGAACUGUUGCGGGAUAUUAAUGCAUCGAUCGACGAAAUUGAGAGCAAUAAAAGCCGUGGACUCAUACUGACAUCGUCGAAUCCCACCAUCUUCUCUGCCGGCCUAGAUAUAAUGGAGAUGUAUAAACCCGAUCAGGAGCGUCUGCGCGCUUUUUGGACAGCUCUACAAGAUUGUUGGCUAGCACUCUACGGCAGCAGUGUUCCCACUGCAGCAGCCAUCAAUGGUCAUUCACCCGCCGGCGGUUGUUUGCUGGCCACCUCAUGCGAAUAUCGCGUAAUGCUGCCAAAUUUUUCUAUCGGCCUGAAUGAAACUAAGCUGGGCAUUGUAGCGCCUCUGUGGUUCAUGGCGAGCUUUCUGAGCGUCCUGCCCAGACGUGAGGCCGAGCGGGCGCUCAAUCAGGGUCGAAUGUUUAGUACGGCCGAAGCAUUGGAAGCCGGUCUAAUCGACGAGAUUGCCAGCAGCAAGGAGGAGGCGCUGGCCAAGUGUGCUGCUUUUAUUGGCACUUUUGCCAAAGUAAAUCCAAUGGCACGUGCAUUAACGAAACAACAAUUUCGUGGUGCAGAUUUGCGGCAAUUGGAGAAUGAACGCGCUCAAGAUUUGGAGAAAUUUUUAUUCUUUGUAAAUCAGCCGGCUGUACAGAAAGGACUGGGAAUUUACCUCGAUGGUCUAAAGAAGAAGGCCAAGAACUGAAAUUGUUUGCAUUUUGCCAUUAAAUCUCUGUUUUUUACAUCA